AUGGAUAUUCAGACUAGUAGCGGAAGUGGAUUGGAUGAAGCUCAACUGCAGAUGCUACCACCUUCUCCUGGAACUUUCGUAGAUCGCGAAGAACUUAUACAGCAUGUUGGAGACUUUGCUGUAUCUCAAGGAUAUGUUGUAACUAUCAAGCAGUCUAAGAGAGAUAGAGUAGUGGUACUUGGUUGUGAUAGGGGAGGCGUUUACCGUAAUAGGAGGAAAGCUGAUGAAGAUACUUCUUUGCUCAGAGUCCCCAUUGUCUUUAGUGUGAGAAAUUUUAAGUCGUUGAGACCUGAGAAAUCUGCUGUAAGGAACAAUCAACUCUCAAUUGCUGAGCCUUCUUGGAGGCAGCGCUACCCUAUGAGGGUUCCUAAUUUUAUUGGUGGCAGACUUGUUGAUUCACAGUCAUUCGCAUCCAUUGAUGUCAUAAAUCCUGCAACACAGCAAGUUGUUUCUCAAGUUCCUAUAACUACAAAUGAGGAGUUCAGAGCUGCAGUUUUUGCAGCAAAGCGGGCUUUUCCUCAGUGGAGAAACAAACCUAUUAGCACCCGUCAACGCAUCAUGUUCAAGUUCCAAGAGCUUAUUCAGAGAGAUAUUGACAAGCUAGCCAUGAGCAUUACUGCUGAACAUGGAAAGACUUUGAAGGAUGCAAACGGUGAUGUGUUACGAGGAUUAGAGGUGGUGGAACAUGCUUGUGGAUUGGCAACUCUGCAGAUUGGGGAGUUCGUUUCCAACGUAUCUAAUGGAAUUGAUACCUAUAGCAUUAGAGAACCACUUGGUGUUUGUGCUGGGAUUUGCCCUUUUGAGUUUCCAGCCAUGAUCCCACUAUGGAUGUUUCCAAUUGCUGUCACAUGUGGUAAUACCUUUAUUCUAAAGCCAUCAGAGAAGGACCCAGGUCUUCAUGCAUAUACUGUUCAGUUUCCAAGAUUGCAGUCAAUUAGAGUUUCUACAUCAGUUUUUAAUAUGAAUCGGGCUUCUGUGAUGCUUGCAGAGUUAGCUAUUGAGGCUGGUUUGCCUAAUGGGGUCUUAAAUAUUGUCCAUGGCACCAAUGUAAGUAAGUUGCUGAAUCUGCCUCAUUUAGGGCAACUUUUACUCAUUUUGCCACCAAGGGAGGGGGAAGGGGUAAUUGUUACCCUCUUCGAUUUCCCACCUCUAAAUUGUACCAGAGGAAGGAUAAUGAUUGCAGAGGUUAGUGCUUCUGUAUAUACAAGAGCAUCAGCUAAAGGAAAACGUGUACAGUCCAAUAUUGGAGCCAAAAAUCAUGCAGUUGUCAUGCCUGAUGCAAGUGUGGGUGCUACCAUAAAUGCUCUUGUUGCUGCUGGCUUUGGUGGCGCAGGACAAAAGUGCAUGGCCCUGAGCAUAGUUGUCUUUGUUGGAGGCCUAGGCCCAUGGGAAGAGAAGCUAGUAGAGCAUGCCAAAGCACUUAAAGUAACCUCUGGAAUGGAACCUGAUGCAGAGCUUGGUCCAGUUAUUAGUAAGCAGGCAAAAGAACAAAUAUGCACAUUGAUUCAAACAAGUAUUCAAAGUGGUGCAAAGCUGGUUCUUGAUGGAAGAGAUGUUGUGGCUGCAGGAUAUGAAAAUGGGAACUUCAUGGGUCCUACCAUCUUAUCGGAUGUCACAGUCAACAUGGAAUGUUACAAGGAGGAAAUUUUUGGCCCAGUUCUUCUUUGUAUGCAGGCUGAUAGCAUUGAAGAAGCCAUAAACAUUGUCAAUGGAAAUAAAUAUAGCAAUGGAGCUUCUAUAUUUACAACAUCGGGUGUAACUGCAAGGAAAUUUCAGACUGAGGUUGAGGUUGGGCAGGUUGGGAUAAAUGUUCCUAUCGCAGUGCCACUACCAUUCUCCUCGUUUAUUAGCGCAAAACCAUCUUUUGCUGGAGAUGUGAACUUAGAUGGAAAAGCAGGAAUUCAGUUUUACACCAAAGUUAAGACAGUGACUCAACAAUGGAGAGAUUUAGUGAGCGGCGAUGUGUCAUCUCAGCCAUUGCCAAGCUCACCAUUGCCAAGCUCCUAG